GGUCUCUUUUGAAUUAAAAAAAAAAAGCUUCUAACUGUCUCUAAGAUGUCUAUUUUGCAUGUCUUCCUUAGCUUGGCAGUCCACCCGGAUAAAAUCACCAUAGCAACAGGGCAGGUGGCCGGCACUUCCUCAGAUGGAAAACAGCUGGCUCCACAUGUUCGUGUAUGGGACUCCGUCAGCCUCAGCACCCUUCACGUGUUAGGUGCAGGGUUCUUUGACAGAGCAGUAGUAUGCCUUGCUUUUUCCAAGUCGAAUGGAGGAAACACCCUCUGUGCGGUUGAUGAUUCCAAUGACCACGUCCUGUCUUUGUGGGACUGGCAGAGAGAGGACAGACUGGCUGAAGUUAAGUCCUCCAAUGAGUCAGUCUUUGCUGCAGACUUCCAUCCCACUGACAGCAACGUCGUGGUGACUUGUGGGAAGUCUCAUAUAUUUUUCUGGACCUUGGAGAAAGGUGUUCUGGUCAAGAAGCAAGGGCUGUUUGAGAAACAAGAGAAGCCCAAAUUUGUGAUAUGUGUGACCUUUGCGGAGAAUGGAGAUGCAAUAACAGGAGACUCCAGUGGAAACAUCCUGGUGUGGGGAAAAGGUACCAUCUUUGUUUGGGGAAGUUACAAACUCUGAUGCUAUGGUCACACUCAGGAACUGCAGGUGACCAUUUCCAAUGUAAAGU